AAAUCUAUUAUACCUUGUGUGAAAAACCUAUUAGGAAGUGAUGUUAGAGAAGCUGAACCAGAUCACUAGUGUUCUAUCUCACUGACGCAGAUCCAAUGAGGCGCCUUUACUCAGACACCCACCGCAUCGUACUUCUCAUCGACGUUUUGAGCCUCGGCGAUCCCCACCAGACAAGACGAUUGGUUUCGUUCCUGGAAACCCUAAAUUCUUUUCCUCCUCUUUCCUCUUCCCUUUUUGCUUUCAAACUCUUCUUCUCUUCCCUCUCUCCUCUUCUCUCAUUCUCCAAGCUCCAACCUUUUUUCCCCAAUCCUUCCCUCUCCUUCGACCUCCCUUCCUCCGUCCUUCCGCACCUCUCCCACACCCUCUCCUCCCUCCCUUCCGCCCUCCACCACCCUCUCUCCACCGCCAAUGCCCAUCACCUCGCUCAAUCUCUCUCCCAACUCCUGCACGACCACUCCUGGGACCACCCUUCCCCCCAAGCCGUCCCUCCCAAUUUGAUUCUCCUUUUCUCCCCUUCUUUUGUUUCAUUCACUUCUAUUGCAUCUUUCCUGAACAUCGAUUCCAGCAUCCUUGCAGAUUCUACCUCAUUUUUUGAUACAGUCCCUUCCUUCUUCGCCAAUGUAGCUCGCUCAUUCACUGCCAGGAGCAUUCACUGUACUUGGAUUAGUGUUGAUGGUGAAAAUGUUGAGGCAAACCCUAGGGAUGAGGCUAGGGAAGUGUCUUCUUUGCUUCGGACUGCGGUUGGGAGGCUCGGGUGGGGGUUUUGCUCUCUUGAUUCGCUUCUUCUUGGUUCGGUUCUUGUUCAGUUUGGCCUGGUUUAUCCCAUGAUUGGAGUUUCGUUGAGAUGUGCUUCUAGGGAUGUUAGUGUUGGUGGGCAGUUGAGGCUUUCGAUCUUGGAUGUGAAUGGAAGUCCCAUUGAGUACAAUUGCUGUGAUCUUGAGUUUGUUAAUGUGAAGGGUGUUUGGGAUUUGCCAGGCGGAGGGGGUGACAAAAGGGAGAUGUUUUGGAAGCUGUGUUCGGGUGGAGGUGUGAAAUUGGAGGUUAAGGUUGUGCAGAGGUGUGAUGCCUUUGUUGAGACAGAUGACUGGCUGUCUGAUUCGGUUCUAGUGCGAGUGGAUUCCAGAGGAAUGAAGAAGAAAGAGAAGGUGGGUUUGGAUGAAUCUUUUGUUGAUAGGGUUCUUGAGCUUGUUGCCACUGAGUUUGGUUGUGAGUGGCGACAAAAACAGGUGCCGGUGUGGGAAUUACUGUUGAGUUUUCUGUAUAAAGAAGAUUGUUGGGCGUUGGUAGUUCUUUCCAAUGACAAGGGUGAGUCAUGUACAGGUAUUCUGAAACCUUUUACUGUGCUUGCUGGUAUUUUGUCUGUGUUAGGGAAUUCACAUGGGGCUAGUGGUUUUGGUGAAGCAAAUGUUGGACAAUAUGUUAAGAUGUUGGAUCAUGAUGUUUGCAAACCUGAUUCUAAAUUCAAUGAGGAACUGUCGAGUUCUCGAGAUAAGAAGAGUAAGAAAUGGAUAGAUUUUAGUGCACUGCAGGACUUCACGUGGAGCUCAUUUUGUAAGUCAGCUAUCGAACAAUUAGAUACUGAUUUACUUGAUGUUUAUUGUGCCAAAGAAGGUAGCAAGUGUAAAAAGUUAAAAUUUUUGAAAUGCUGGAUGAAGCAGAUGAAGAAAUCUGGUUGUUUGGAUCCAGCUUUGUUAGAAAAGCUCAAGCCAAAUCCAAUAGUAGCUGAACUGAGUGGCAGUAAAUUGGAUGACUUGACUCAAAAUGAUGAACCACCAAUGUCCUCAUUUGCAUCAGCUGAAAUUAACUCGGAGCCCGAGGCUUUGAGAAUACAGGAGGAUGCGGAGUUAGACUUUAGGUCAGAAACAUUUUUAAGUAAUCUUGCUGACAGGAUCAAAUGCGGAAUUGAAUUAAAAUUUGGAGACAUGGGGGCUUUGGCAGAGGGACUGGUAAAUUCUUGUAUAAAGUGGCUACGUCAGAAGGUUGAUAAAGAAACUGUUUCUCAGAGUCAGUCUCCUUUGAAAGAUCAAAAUACUUGUGAUGGAAUGAUUGCAUCUGAGCUGAUUAAACUUCUAUUAAGGGAGCCCAAGGAGAUAGCUGCUGAGCAUAAAAGCCAGAAACAUGAAGAAACAUAUGUGAUGCAAUUUACUGCUCAAUAUGAACUGCAGAUUUUAUUUCGAAUGGAGAUUUUACAAUCAGAGGUAGGAAAUGAAGUUGAAGAUUCCUGCAAACAGAAGUUUGUAAAACAAAUAUGCCUGCUUUUAGAGCUCAUUCAGUGUCACAUGGGAGUAUUCUUCGGUGAUUGGACUCUUGAAAAUUAUGUGACAAAGAUAAUAAAAAACAGGUAUUCAGGCACUCUUGAAGAUGUGGUUCAGAAAAUAUACUACGAAAUGGACCUGCUGUUGUUUGCCGAGGAAGAUGAAGAACCAGAUAGUUUACUCAACAGUGAGGACAGCAACAAAUCCUUUAACGGAAAAGCGUACAGAGAUGUGGUAUUUGAAAAUGAUGUCAGUGGAAGAUUGCAAAGGAUUGUAGAUGACCGUGAUAAGAAACUAAUCGAAGCUAAAGAGAAGAGAGAGAGAGCUCUCAGGUUUUCAUCUUUUACUAGUUCGAUGCCUAUUUUACGAAGAGUGAGGGCGCCAACUCGGAAGAGCGUGAAACCCAAGACAGAUCUUCAAAGGGUGCGAAAAAGGAAGGAACGAGAAAAGGCAAACUAUGGCACUGUAUGUGAGACCCCAAUGACAGUAAAUAAACAUUCAAACUCAAGGGCAAGGGGUUCUGAUGAUGACCGUGAUCGGGCUGAUGGAAGGAAACCAUUUGGCUCAGUUUCUAAGGCAUUGUUCAAGGAUGAUCUUUGAUGUGAGUAAACCAAGCUUUUUCCAUAGAGAAACUGUAUAUGCUAAUCGGCAGAACAGAAUAGCAGCAUCGUCUGCGUUAAACAACAAAGGAUGGAAUGUAAAUGGCCGAAGUUGGGGUUAAAUUUGCCUUCUGUGUUCUUGUACCUAACAAUCAACAUAUUCACAUCAUUACGAUUUUCUUAUUGUUAGAAUA